AACACAGAGUGUUUUCAAGGACAAAGGAGGAGUUUGUGUUUUGUGGAGAAGACAUCUCCAUGUUCCUAUUUCGCACUCGCAUUGUGUGGCAAACUUUACAGUUGGGCUUGACUUUCUGUGUGAUACAGCGGAUGAAAUCCAAAAUUUAAAAAAAGUACUAAAGUGCUAAAGCUGUGGGAUAUCUGCAAAAAAAAAAAAAAAGAAAAACCUGUUUGGCCAUCAUCUGUAUAUGGAUAUUAUUUUAUUUGCAGCUGUCUUUUGGAAGAUAACACUAUGAAUUUCCAUGCAAGAAGGGUCACUUUACCUACCAUCACCCCUCUUUUUCUACAGAAGCGGGUGAUCAAAGUAUUUCAUGAAGACAAUACCAGUCGAGCAGUGGAGGUCCCUAGUGACAUCACGGCGCGAGAUGUCUGCCAGCUGUUCGUGUUGAAGAAUCACUGCAUCGAUGACCGCAGCUGGACUUUGUUCGAGCAGCUCUCGCACCUGGGCAUAGGGAUAGGAAUGAAAGGUUGGGCCCCGUCCCUCUGUCGGCAGCUCUUCCGUGCCUUCGUAUGCGGAGUAACGCCUGUACGUGAGCGAGCUCUGAGAGAGAGGACCAUUGAAGACCAUGAGUCAGUCAUCGAAGUGCAGUCUAGCUGGAGCAUGGACACUGACAGCCGACUGUACUUCAGGAAGAAUUAUGCCAAAUACGAAUUCUUCAAAAAGACCCUGGACUUUUUCCCAGAGCACAUGGUGUCUAUAUCAAGUGAGACCAAUGGGAUAAUGAACCAUUCACAGCUAAUACAGACCUUUCUUAACGCGAGCUCGUGCCCCGAGAUCCACGGGUUCUUGCACGCCAAGGAGCAAGGCAAGAAGUCCUGGAAGAAGUUUUACUUUGUCCUGAGGAGAUCGGGACUCUACUUCUCAAACAAAGGGACGUCCAAGGAACCGAGGCAUCUACAGUUCGUAGCCGAGUUCAGCGACAGUGACGUCUACUCUUUACUGUCAGCCAGGAAGAUGCAUGGAGCACCCACAGAAUACGGGUUUUGUAUCAAGCCAAACAAGUCGGGCUCUCCCCGGGAUCUGAAGCUGCUCUGCGCUGAUGAGGAGCACAUCAGGACCUGCUGGGUGACCGCCAUUCGUCUCUUCAAGCAUGGGAUGCAACUGUACCAGAACUUCAUCCAGCCACAUCAAAAACAGAAAACGUCUCCCAUGAGGAGCAUCUCCGAGAACUCCCUGGUGGCCAUGGACUUCUCAGGACACAAGAGUCGGGUGAUUGAGAACCCCUCGGAGGCGCUGUCCGUGGCGGUGGAGGAGGGACUGUCCUGGCGGAGGAAAAGCUGCCACCGGCUGAGCUCCCACGGAAGCCCCUCGGCCUCCCAGAGUCCCGCUGCGAACUUAGGCCUCCACAGGGCCCAGCCGUGGUUCCACAGCAAACUGUCCCGCGACGAGGCUCACCGCCUGAUCGCCCAGCACGGCCUCAUCGACGGGGUUUUUCUUUUAAGGGACAGUCAGAGCAACCCCAAGACGUUCGUCCUGUCGCUGUGCCACACGCAGAGAGUCAAACACUUUCAGAUCUUACCUGUGGAGGACGAGGGCGAGCUGUUUUUCAGCCUGGACGAUGGCCAAACGCGUUUCACCGACCUCAUCCAGCUGGUGGAGUUCUACCAGCUCAACAAGGGCGUGCUGCCCUGCAAGCUCAAGCACCACUGUGUCAGGAUCACCCUCUGAGGGCGUGGAGGGCCCCGGGUCCGACGGAAAAACGCCCUCUUCGCCGCGGCGGCGCCCUCCCGGGGGAGUGACCGCGGCGGGGACGGCGGGACGGGACGGGACACCUAUCGACAAGCGCCACGUUCUUGGACGGAGGAAGCGGUGGCGCGAGCGCCACACAAAAGCGCGAUCGCAUCCCGUCACUUGGGUUUGAACGCGGACUGCUUCGGCGAGGGGUGCGGAGGACCCUGGGGCUGGGAUCACACGGACAGCGCUCGAGAUUUGCUUUCGCGCGCGCCUCUGACGUGCGCGUGGUCAAGGGAGUGCGCCGGGCCUAUUUCGUAAGGCCGUGCGUUAGGCGCAGCGAAGCACGCUUUUAUGAUCCGCGCGGCAGAAGCGCAGCGCACACCCCUUCCGCCCAUGUACUGUACAUAAUGUAGAGCUCCGCGUGCCCGCGCAACAGCCGCGCACAUGGCGCUAUAUCCGCUACGUUCUCCUUCUCCUUGGAAACGCGCAGCGCUUCCGCCGGAAGCUUCUCACCGCGCGCCGCAAGUUCGCGCUCGGUGACGUGGGAGCGCCGCGAGUGCGGCGCGUGUCGCUCUAUAGCCAUAGGCGUCGUCUGCAGGUUGACGCGACCGCGCGGCAAAAUCGCGUGCGGUCAGGACCGAGGACGUGGCAGGGAGGGAAUUCGCAAAGCAGGUCGGACGGAGGACGCGCUCACUGAGCAGAAAGGCCGACUGACAGCAGUCCUCCGUCCCUUCCUUUUGUGCUACACUAACCAACUAAGCGCAGCGACUGUUAAGCUCGCCGAGCGGCUCCGCGCGCUCCGGAGUGAACCGGGCUCCGCUUCUUUCUCACGUCAUUUGCAUUUCAAGGCAUUCAGGUGUUUUAUAAAACGUGGUUUGCUUUCCUGUAGCGAGACACGCAGCAAGCGGAGGAGAAAUGAAUGCUGAUUCUGACUGAGCACACUGGUGAAGCUGGACUCACUGAGCGCUCUCUCUCUCUCUCUCUCUCUCUCUCUCUCUCUCUCUCUCUCUCUCUCUC